GAGACGGUGCACACAUCUAUAUCGUCUUCCUAAGUUCAGUUCACCUUAUUCUGGGUUGGUGGAUCCAAAAACAGGGACUCCUGCAGCUGCAGGGUUCUGUAGACAUUUGUCACGUCAUGAAUCUUAAAUGAAUCUCAGGAACAAACUUAAAGAACAGAUUUCUAAAUCUGAUCAUCUGCUUGAGUCGAGCUGCUGCAACACACUGUUAUUUAUUGCUAGAUAGUUCCAGCUGCUUCCGUCACACAUCAGGUCCAAACUGAAUCGUGGGGUUGAAAAACUCAAAUGCCACUGGCUAGAAAUGAGUCUGUACUAUUGUCUUUCCAGAUCUGCGCAUACAAACUUUAAAUAUCUGCGUCACUGUGCACGCAAAUAUCAGACAUUUAUCCCAGCGACCAAGAAGGAUUUCAAAACAAGCUAUCUGGAUUGGCGACGUUGCUAUAUCGCUGCUCUCCGGCAGGUGUCGGUGUUAUUCCGUCCCGCUCCUUAUUGUUUAUACUUCGGUUGCUAGGCAACCCUUCCAAACAUGACAGAGUUGCACCAGGCGGCAGCAGCAGGGAAUCUGGAGCAAGUGCUGCAGAUCCUGAGGAAGAACAAGUGCAGUCCGAACGACAAGGAUGUGGACUGGAACAACAAGACGCCGCUGCACUGGGCGGCCGAGAGAGGAUACACUGAGAUCGUGCGGGUUCUGCUGGAGCACGGAGCCCGGCCGUGUCUGAGGACGGACUACGGAUGGACGCCGGCGCACUUCGCCGCGGAGUCCGGUCAUCUGCCCGUGCUGUCCCUCAUGCACUCCUUCCACGCGCCGCUCGACAAGAAGGACGGCAGUGGAGACAAGCCGAUACGGAUCGCAGAAAUCUACGGACACAAGGACUGCGUCCAGUUUCUUAAAGGAGCUGAGAUCGAGGGCGUUGCCUUUCGCAAGCUGGCGGAGGAGAGUGGGAACCUGGAGGAGGACACGGACGAAGAAUGGGGAGACAAGGAGGCACCCAAGAAGAAGAAGAGGAGCAGCAAAUGAGCAGUGCUGGAGUUUUUAAUAGAGCAGUCACUCAUUUUACCAACCACCUGUGAGAGAAAGUCCAUUCGGCACACCUGACUGCUGCUUUCUCUGAUCGGGCACUGAGGUAUCUUUGGACCUGGGCCUGGUUGACUCCAUAGAGGGACAGCAUCAGGAAGACCCCACCAACUCCCAGGG